GGCUCGUGGCCAGCCCAGGCUGUGCAGGGUAGGUGGGCACAGACCGAGCGACUACGGGUCGGGGCUGGGCUCAGCGCGCUGCGAACAAAGGAGUCUGCGGCGGUUCCCGGCUCCUCGGAGGACCAAAGCUUCGCUGAACUCUUGAGGCUCCGCGGCUCCGGGUCGGCUUCCCCUCGGUUCCCCCGCGGGCGCCGCGGCACCUGCCGCCGAGUGCUGCCCAGGAAGUCUGUCCCGUCCGGGGCUCAUGAUGGGGCUAAUCUUCGCUAAACUGUGGAGCCUUUUUUGUAACCAAGAGCACAAAGUAAUCAUUGUGGGACUGGAUAACGCAGGGAAAACCACCAUUCUCUAUCAGUUCUUAAUGAAUGAAGUAGUUCAUACUUCUCCAACCAUAGGAAGCAAUGUUGAAGAAAUCGUUGUGAAGAACACUCAUUUUCUUAUGUGGGAUAUUGGUGGUCAAGAAUCUCUGCGGUCAUCCUGGAACACCUAUUACUCAAACACAGAGUUCAUCAUUCUUGUUGUGGAUAGCAUUGACAGGGAACGCCUGGCUAUUACGAAAGAAGAAUUAUACAGAAUGUUGGCCCAUGAGGAUUUAAGGAAAGCUGCAGUCCUUAUCUUUGCAAAUAAACAGGAUAUGAAAGGGUGCAUGACAGCAGCUGAAAUCUCCAAAUACCUCACCCUUAGUUCAAUCAAGGACCACCCGUGGCACAUCCAGUCGUGCUGUGCGCUCACAGGAGAAGGGUUGUGCCAAGGUCUAGAGUGGAUGACCUCCAGGAUUGGUGUGAGAUAAUUUUUUUGCUUGAAAAAGACUUCUCUAUUUAUUCGGUGAUAUGAACAUUUUUCCUAAUACCUUUGGCUGCUGAGGCAGCAGCAUGUUUAAUUUAUGACAACACAAACCUCCAAGUGACGCUUGAAUCAAGUGCCACUGUACUGGAACAUAAAGAUGUUUUCUUACCUUCGUUUCCCAUGUACUAAUCUCAGUCGGACGAGCAUAACGUGUAACUGUGUUGUAGAAGCCGGACUCUUCUGACUGUGUAUUCUAACUAUUCAGUGACUGCCUUGUAAAAACUGUUUGUCAUAUAUUUCCUGACAUCUGAAGUUUCGUUAUGUCCUUUAUAACCAGUUUCUUUCACCUCUUGGCCACCACUCCUCUUUCCGAGAUACUGGUUUGACAGAACAGUAGUGGGAACCGGCAUGUAUUGUUUAUCCAGCACUAAGCAUUCUUUGCUCUACAAACCCUUUUUGUCUUUUGGACAGAAUUAAUUACAGUGAAGAAAAUCUACCUAGAACCCCCCCCUCCUCUCUCUCUCUGUGUGUGUGUGUGUGUGUGUGUGUGUGUGUGUGUGUGUGUAAACAUCAUGAAUUUUUUUUCCUCACCUCAUUGCAUGUGAUAGUACAAUUUUAAGUUACUCUUUGCAUGGGAAUUAUUUAGUCCAUUUAUUUAUAUAAGGAAUUAAGCUCACUUUCCUGCCAACCAUGUUUGGUUAAAAACUAAUCAAGGUGAAGCAUGAGUUUAAAACCCAGCUUCAGUGAUAAACACUAUUGGCUCCAUCUAGUAGCUAAGAUGUUUCAGUGUGUGUGUAACUGGCAGAAUUUGUAAAAACACACCAAUGUAAAUUAGAGCCAGGACACUUGGAGUAUGUUUUUCUGUCACUUUCCUAUCUGCUUUAUUAUCAGUGUAACCUCCGCAGUUUUGUCAGAGAUACCACCCCUGCUCUAGCAGCAGACUUUGCUUUCUUAGGUUUGUAUUAGUAGCUGUCAGAGCAUCGUUAUCACCAGCAGUAUGUUACUGAAAGGCAUAAUAACAUGGUCUUUCCAUAAACUUGGCUGAGGAUGAUGUGAAAGAGGCUUCAAAUUCUUUUUGCCCCACCUCCUGUCUCUGUGUAUGUAGAGUUGUUCCUAAACUCUUAUAGGGUGCUCUGAAUCUAUUCCUAGCUUUAGAAUGUUCCUAUGAGACUCAGUGUUCAUGUUCUGUCUGUUUGUUUGUUUGGCUGGUUUUCUUGUUUGUUUUGUUUUGAUAGGGUUUCCCUCAGGAGUCCUUGCCCUGGAACUCACUAGGUAGACCAGACUGUCAUAUUCUUAGCAAUGUAGAUGGUUUAAUUGGUUACAGAAAUGGAAGGAAAGGGGCCAAUGCUGAAGUCAGACUUACUGUGUUAAUGGUUCCCAAAGCAGUUGUCUAAGAUGAAAGUAAGAAUGAACCCUUAAGUUGAAAGGGGGACACAUGUUGUCAUUAGCCUUCUCUGUGUCAUCUGCCUUAUGAAAGGGAGAAAGUGUGUACUUCUUAGUUUUUUUCAGUAUUUUUCAUUUAGAUCAAAAUAAGCUUCAGUGUUCAUAAAUACCUGCUCAAAAUUGGUAUUUUAAUUUCAGGGUUUUUGUAUGUAAGAUGCCUUAAAUUUUACUCUCAUUUGGGUUGUACUCGUUUGUUAUAUUUAGUUAAUUUAGUUGAACUUGAUACUACUUUUAUUUAGUGUUUGUACCCUUGAUCUGAGAAAGUAGUUAGAGGGGAAAUUUUCUGAACUUUUGGAAAUUGUUUAACCUUUGAAUCUUUUUCUUAGUGAUUCUAUGUGAAGUAAAGGAUAAGUUUAAUUUUUUUCUUGUGUGUUUUAAAUAUAACUCAUAAUCAAAGAUGAGAGAGAAAAGCAGAUAUAAAUCAGUGUGUAUGGUGCAUGGUGAUUGAGGGGUGGGGAUGGGAACUGAGAAAAUACCAGUUACUUAAAGCACACUUUGCCUGAAUUUUACUUUGCUAUAUUAUUUUCCAUAAAUAUUAAAUAAUAAUUCUCAUAAGCCUGUCCUCAGAAAAAGAAUAUUUAAUGUCCCAAUAUUUCUUCUUAUGAAAUAAUUUUCUGCCUUCUUGAAUCUAGUAAGAUUGGCUGGUUCAAUUUUCUUCUAUCAGAUAAUAUGGUUAUUUUUUAUAUUACCACAUCAGCAUUAUAUUGAAAGUGUUUUUUAAUAGUUGAUUGUAUUUUGUCAAACAGCUACUAGUAUAGAUGCAGAUUUGCUAUUUAAUUGUUGAAAGUACAGUUUAUUUUACUUGUAAAUCCUUUUUAAAGGCGUAUGAUUCACUUGGACUAGAAGCACCUGCUGUUAGUUAUUUGGAAAUGCAAUCCGCAGUCAAGUAGAUGUUGUGCUGUUGAUUGGAUAGGGCUCGUGAGGAAGUUCCUGUGAGACCUUUGCAGGGGCUUUUCAUCAGCCUUGCUGUUUGUUCAGUAGGAAACUAGCUGUGCUUUACUCCAAGAGAAUGUUUGGACCCCAGUAAGCAUACGAUGCUAAAGAGUUUCACUUGAACACUUGCUGUAAAUCGUAUGACUGUAAAAUAUUAUUUCACGAACUUGUAAAUGUGUGAUGGGUGCCUUUGUUAUUUUUAGAUGAGUUCUCAGUUUUUUUACUCUGUUCUUUCAAGGUCACAUCAACAGGGAUGAGAUGGAGGGGAGUGGCUAUGUUUCACAUUCUCCUUUGUCUCCAUAUGUUAUUUAGUAACGUGUGUAUUAUACAGAACCACACACACACACACACACACUGACUCUACACCUUCAGAUUAUCUUGUAUUGUUAAUUUAAAAAUGAAGAAAUUAAGUUUUACCUUAGAAUCUUCUCAACAUGUUACAGCUAAAAAUGCAAAACAAAACAAAAAAAACUUUGCAAAUCACGUGUGCCAUUUCCUUACCCAAGCAUGUUGUCACCUAGAAGCACAUUUGAGAAUCACUGUACAUGUAACACUUGCUUUUGUAAGGGAAUGCACUAAAUAUUUUUAUUGUUAAUGUGAUAUAAUUUCUUAAAACCUGAAAUAUUAAUAUAUAUUACCUAUUGAAAAUUGGGGGGUUGAAUCUGUAAUGGUUGCUUUUAGGUUCUUGUGUUAGCAUUCUUAAGGGGAUACUGCUUUUAUUCUAUAUACACUAGAAAAACAAUAUAUACAGUUCAUUCUUUACAGGUCUAGCUUUACAUAACUCCCAUAGGAAUAGCGGAGACAGAGCUUCAAGUAGCUAAGGUGAGCAGCAACACCAGGCCAUGAUGCUCCUGCUUCCCCACCCUAGUGCUGGGAUUGCCGUAAGCAUUUUGAUUGAAUAUAAUUUAACUUUCAUUGUAGCAUAAAGAGGAAACAGUUGGUUUUCCCUGUGGAAAGAAUGAGGGAUACAGACAAUGCUGUAAACAAUAUUCCCUGAUGCUACCAAGCCUGGCCACCAAGAAAUCUUUGAAGAAGAUAAGAGGUUUUAAGUCUUUGGUUGUGUAUCUCAACAGAUUAUGAGCAGAAUUGUUUCCAAGGCCGAUCAUUAAACCCCCACUGUGUUAACUGUGGAUUAGCCAGCAGACUGGGAUUAUACCUUGUGCCUCCACACUAUGGUGAUUUAUUGGCACUUAUCUCUAGAGGCCGAUUUUAUGUGCCAACUUAUCUGUGGCUUUGGAACAAAAUCCUCACACACCUAAACUUUAGUUCUAAAGGUCUUUUACCUUCUGUCAGGGGUCACCUCAAGAUACAGCUUCUAGCCUUGUCUAGCCACACAUUGCAAAGCCUGUCUCAAGAGCUGGAUUCUGAUCUUAAUCUGCCCAUUUAUCAUGUAUCUAGUUGAUUUAAGACACUAUUGUUCAUGGCCUUCUUUUGGUUCUUCCCAAAGUGAGGAGCUUUUAAAUAAACCAAGCCUCAGAUAUGUGUUCUCUUUAAUAUUCUGAAGCCUUACGCACUGUCACUGUCUUUUCAAAUCUAAAAUAAUAAGAGGAAUGCUUCUAGUGGUGCACCUGAGUGGUCUUACUCACUGUGUGGUUCCCCCCCCCCCCCAAGCAUCACGUCCUCUAGCGUGUAUUCAACACAGUAUGAAGAAAUAGCUUUCCUUUGGCUUAAGCUGAAUUUCUAUCUAAAGACAGUGCAAAGGACAAACUCUAUUCAUCAAAAAAUGGCUUAGAAUUGCUUCUAAGCAGCACCCAUGUAUUUUGGAAACCCACUUCUACAAAACUUAACCUUAUUUUUCUGGCUUUUCUGACUGGAUAGAAGUGGUUAGUGUGUCUGUUUACUGCUUCUAAGGCAUCCUAAACACUUGGCUUGGCAGUGCUGAAAGAGUAUCAUCAGCCGGGACAUCAGUGUGUUGAAGACUUAAGUCCAUUUGUGUGUGAAAACGGCUGCUUUUUAAGGUCAUUGGUUUUCAUGUCUUCUCAUCUUUAUUCAUUUAAUAUUAGUGUGAAGACUGAAAUCCAAGAGCCAGGGUUGGGGGGGAAAAAAGAUAUAUUUUAAGAAUUAUAGGUGACCAAAGCUAUAUAGAGGUCAAUAGACCUAGGUGCUCUACAUUGCAUUUCAUAUGGCUGGGAAGCCUGAAGACUGGUUAGCAUGCUAGGAUAGAAUCUGGAACUGUACUCACACAGAGGCGUCUUCAUUUUUUUUUAAAGGCCAGUAGUCUGCAUUUUCUCCAUGCUAUGUGUAGAUGGAGUCUAGAAAUCAGAACAUCUGAAUAAAUGAAAAGGUUUUCUUGCACAACUUGUGAAUUUUUAAUUUAAAAAUAAUUAUUACCUCAUUUUUUUACUCCACAAAGUGCUCUGCUUAAGUGUCUGGGCUGUUGUUCGAAGCUUCCAUAACACCCCCUUCACCCAAAUGUCUUUGAAUAUGCAGAAUGCCCUGCUAGAGGCAGUGUGAGUGCUGGGCGAGGAUUUUUGUUUUCUUUGUUUCCCAGCAAGAAGGUGACCAGGUACACUUGAGCAAAGCACCCAGUAUUUAAUUCCUUACAGAAAGGAGAGGAAAGGUCUGCAGUUGGACUGAUGGUGUGCUAAAACCCGCAAAUGACUGUCAUUUGAUCUCAGAAGUUCAGGAUUGAUUGCUGUGUUUUAGCUCUAAUUGUGAGAAACAGUAGUCAUUUUAGUCUUAAAUUUUCCCUCAGGAAAUUCAGGGAGACUGAGCCCUCCUCCCCCACCUCCAUUUAUUCUCUUGGAGUAAACUUUCAGUCUCAUGGUGGAUGUUUUUCAUCUAGAUUUCAUCUUGAAAGAGCUUAGCUGCUGUUUUCACUGAAAUUGUGAAAUAAAAUGACGAUUAUGGCAUUUUCCAAUUAUGAGAUCAUUUUCUGUUUCUCCAUGCUGCUCUCUUUCACAGAACAUAGUUUAAGAUAAGGAAAGAGCAAGCUCCUGGCAGUUCCGGCCUCACUGUUGCUUUAUUCUAAUGGGAGUAUAAUGAUCAUAAUUGAACAUUCUCGUCUUCACACAUAACUUGGUGCUUUAUAACAGUAAGGAGAAACAGGCCCUGGAUUUGUUAUACUUUUAGCUUGGAUUGUAAAACUCUUUAAAUGUGCAUGUAUGUUCAUUUUAUGAGAUUUAAAUAUACAUUAUUAUCUAUUACAUCUCAGGCUCUGCAAGUGGUCUGACAGUAUCUUUGCCAAGCAGCUUGGUUCAAAAGACUGUAUUAUUAAUAAGAUCAAGGUAGGAUCUCAUCUGUCUGUGGGCCCUCUGGUGUUCACAGAGGAGGAAACAGCGUCCUUCAUAUCACAGACUGCUUCGGAACCCUAAGUAAGAAAUUGAUACGUGCGCCAUUGCUCUGAUACUUAAGUGCUAACCAAGAAACUGUCAAAGCAAAUACCAAAAGCAUUUCACACCCUCACACCCUACAAAUGCUUCCAAACUUGUUUGAUUAUGAGGUUGUUGAAAGAAAAUGUUUUUUGAAUUUUAACAUUUUCCACUAUCAUGAAAUGCUUCUUUUAUAUGUUAGGUCAUAUUCAUGGUUUUCUUAUUUCUUCAGUUAUGUUCUAAUGAAUUGUGUGCAUGCCAACUUACCCAAGGAAAAAGAUGCAGUUUGCUCUGGACUGUUAAUCUGUUAGAGAGGUUUUGGCUCCUUUGCAAUCAUGGUGCAAUAUAGCAUGAUAUCCAUUUGUUUUCAGUCCACAGUUUUAUUUUUGUCAUAAUAAACACUUUUUCAAUAUGAA